CAUUUUCCGGUGUUGCUUCCUGUGUAUUUGACUACUGCUUAUACAAAUAACACUCCAUCAGCAUGAUCGAAUUUGGCGGGGGUCUGCGCUCGCGUGCCCCAUAACUCUUAAGUCUAUCCAUAUAUGCGAAGUAAUUUCUAAGUAUUCAUUAUGAGAGACCGUAGCCAUCGCACCGUGCAUCACGGCCCGGGGAGCCGCUUAAAGCGCUACUCCGUCUUCCUGGGCCUGGCGAUUCUUUGCGCGCUGCUUCCAACUUUUAUGGUCAUGCACAGCAGCGUGGAACAAUGCAAGAUCAUUCUCGCAAGGCCGGGAUCUGACCGGUCAGGGUUUUCAGGCAAUCCGUUUAGCCACUACAACCUUUGCAGAAUCCGGUUGCGGUUAAGCGGCCUCACGUUGGAUGCGCAUGCCAUGGCAAGGGCGCACCUACAAGAGGUGGAGGCCAACGCCACCGCUGCAGCGGGGUCAGCCGGCGCUAGCGGUGGUGGUGGCGGCGGCGGCGCACAGGCCACUGGGCAGGGCACGGCAGGGCAGCAGGCGGCGGAGCAGGCCGUAAUUGCGGCGUCCUCACCGCCGCCGCCGCCUUCGCCGAACCCGCCGCCUCCCUCACCGCCACCUCCCUCACCGCCACCUCCCUCACCGCCGCCUCCCUCGCCGCCGCCGCCUUCACCAGCGGCCGCCCAGGACGCAACCCAGCAGCAACAGGCCGCGGCGGGGGCAGGCGGCUCCACCACCACGACCACGACCGGGGCCGGGGCGGGGACAGCGACAGGGGCGGGGGCUGCGCGGGUGGAGCAGGCAGCGUGGCACGAGUACGACGUGUCAAACCUGAUCUCCACGGAGAUCUCCAAGACCGCCACCGACAUGCACGGCGACGGCGUGGAGGACUGGUCCGACUUCCAGCUGCCGCGGACACAGGACGACAUCCGCCGACUGCAGGGCCUGCCCCACGUGGACGAGUGCUUCUACUGCAAGAUGUGUGUGCCCACCACCGCAAUGAACCUAGACACGUCACAGCACAGGCGGCGGCAGCAGCAGCACCGGCGCCGCGGGCUGCUGAGCGAGGAGGAGCUCGCUAGCGAGGCAUACCGGGCCAACCCGGCGGAGGCAGAGGGCCUUAUCUACGGCCUUCCGCCCCUGGAGGGCCCCUGGCCCACAGCCGGCAGUAGCAGCAGCGGCAGUAGCAGCUGCUCAGGCGGCGGCUGCGGCAGUAGCAGCAGCAGCGGCAGUAGCAGCGCGCUGUACCGGCGGCGGCUGCAGGCCAGUGGGGAGGACCCGGCGGCUGUGGAGGCGGAGCUUGGGCGGGAGCUGCUGGGGUUGGGGGGAGAGGAUGAGGAGGGGGACGAGGAGGGGGAGGAGCAGGAGUGGAGUGAGGAGGACAUGACGGCGGCGGCCGCUGCUGCGGCGGAGGCGCUGGUGGGCGUGGGGCGGCGGGGCGGGAUUGGAGCGGGAGGAGGAGGCAGUAGCAGCAGCAGCAGCAGCAGCAGCAGUAGCAGCAGCAGCCGGCGGCUGAGGCGGCAGCAGCGGGAGGAGCGGGCGGAGCAGCGGCGGAGGCGGCUGCUGGAAGAGGAAGAGGAGGAGGAGGAGGAGGAGGAGAAGUACAAUGCGCUGGACACCACCGAGUCGGGCCCCGACUACCACAUCGGCGGCCGCGUGUACAACAUCUCCGACAUCGCGCCCGGCCGCCGCAUCUUCCAAGCCAAGCAGCACCUGCCCAACUGCACCGUGUGCCGCGGCUGCGACCACACACUGGAGAUGAUGGCCAGCGGCAGUGUGCUGCUGGGCUCCUAUUUCGCGCACGAGCCCGGCGGCUCGCCCUCCUGGCUGUUCCGGGUGCGCACCGACAGGACGCAGAGCGGCUGGGCGGUGGUCAAGGUGUGGUGCAUCCCUGUGCUCAAGGCCAAGCAGCGGGGCCUGGGCAUGUGCGACCCCAAGAAGGUCUACGCACAGGUCAAACUCCUGCUGGCGCAGCAGAAGGGCGAGGGCGAGGAGAGCGCACCAGGCAGUGAGGAGGAGGAGGAGGAGGAGGAGGAGGAGGAGGAGGAGGAGGAGGAGGAGGAGGAGGAGGAAGAGGAGGAGGAAGAGGAAGAGGAGGUCACGUCCGAAGAUGAGGAAGAGGAGGAGGAGGGGGAGGGGGAGGGCGGGAACAGCGGCAGCAGCCGAGGACAGUCGCCGGUACCGGACCCCCGGGCCCGCAGCCACGCCGGGGCGGGCGGCACUGGGGGCCCACGGCAGCCUGUGCCGCGGUCGGCGCCGCAUGGGCGCAGCGUGUCGGUGGGCGGUGGCGGCAAGGCGGCGGCCAGUGUGGCGGCCGCGCGCAUUGCCGCCAAGGCGGCGGCCCGACGGCGCGGUGCGGGCGGUGCCGUGACAGGCGUUUGAGAGACUGGGGUGUGUGGAGCUGCGUGCGUAGACAGAUGUGUAAGGGUUGAGGCCU